AUGAUAAUGAUGCGUACAGUGUUGUGUGUUAUGCUUCUUGCACUGUGUUGUACUUGCAGUUUCGUGUUGGCUACAACUGAGCCUCAAGUUGCAGUUAGUGAACCUGAAGGUGGUGGUCUUAGAGGGAGUGGUGAACGAGCAGGUCUUGGAGAUAGUGGAGAUGGAAAAGGUGGUCCUGGUGAAGUGGAAGAAACAUCCAAACAGUGUGUUGGGGAGAACAACAAGGAGGAAUUUUGCAAAGCAAAUUCAUCGCAGAAAGUGCCUCCAGAAGAUACUCAAAAGCAUGGAAAAAAACCUGAAACUGUUGCACUUCCACCACCCGAAACAUCAGUGGAACGCAGUCCUACCUCUUUACCUGGUUCUAGUGUUUCUGUUAGUCCUGCUAGUUCCUCUUUGCGAACCACAAAAGAUCUACCUCAUCAGCAGGAAGAAAGUGAAGAGGGAAUGAAGGAGAAUCUACCAGUUCAGAAAGUGAGAGAAAGCGAGGUACAAGCAGCAGGCGAUGGUCCCAAGGAGCAACCUUCAAAUGAACAAAAUACAGUUAACCCUGGUGCAACACAACACCACGAUGGAUCGGACCAGGUGUCGGAAAAUGCACAGAGUUUUACUAAAGAAACUGCUGCGCAAGGUGAGAACGAGGCAGACAACAGUAAUGCUUCAACGACUCAGGGAGGUACUGACACACCAUCUGAUCUUGUCAAUGGUACUGCACCUGAAGGAAGUGAGUCAACAAGUAACCAAGAAAGUGAUGUGAGAAAUACAGAAAACAGCACCACCACCACCACCACAACAACAACAACAACACUUCCUCCUGAACUCACAAACAACAAGAAGGGUGAUGCAGACAGCAGCAGCAGUAUCAGCAGUUCUGUGUGGGUGCGUGUACCACUACUGAUUGUGGUUACACUGGCCUGUAUUCUUGUGUGCUGA